CAUUGGAUUCCCCUAUUUUUCUCAAUCAAUCUCGUAUUUUCGAUCGACAUUAUUCUCAAUUUCUUCACUGGGUAUUUCGACACGACGACGGGAGCCGUCUUCUUGGAGAGGAAAAUCAUCAUUCAAUGUACAAAACGUCAUUUCAAAAAAUGAAAAUCAUCGAGAUGCUGAUGAUCUCGAUAACCUGCCUCCACUGGGCAACAUGUCUGGAGUUGUACAUACCUCUGGUAGUUGGAAGAGUCGCUUGGGAGAGCUCGACGCCCCGAUCAUGGCUGUCCUCGGACUACAUGAAGAAGAGAGACACGAUUGCUAAGCGAUACAUAAGUUCAUUAAAUCGGGCGACCACAGCAUUGAUGAGUUCUAGUCAUUACUUGCCUGUCAUCACAACUGAAGACAUUAUUCUGAAUCUAAUUCUCACGAUUCUGGGGAGGAUUGGAUUCAUCUAUGUACUAGCGCAAUUGCUGCAGCUCAUGACGACCUUCGAUUCGACAAAAAAACGUAACGUGAGAGAGGUGCAGCAGUUUUACGAGUACAUGAAGCAUAAAGAACUUCCAUAUUCCAUUCAGCAGAGAGUCUUCGAGUAUUAUGAAUAUUAUCAGAAGAAUAUUGAAAGAAAUAAAAUGAUUAUUUCCCACGUGUCGCAAAAUUUGCGGGAGGAGCUGUUGCUUCACGAACACGAAGAGAUGAUCGAAAAAGUCAAUGUCCUCAGACAACUGCCCCAGCCCGUGCUCUGCCAGGUGCUGAGCCUCGUGAAGAGUGAAAUCUACUUACCGAACGACUCUAUAGUCAAAUCAGGAACUCCCGGGGAUUCCCUGUUCUAUAUAACCUGCGGUACAGUGGCAGUCGUGAAGAACACAGGAGAAGAAAACCUCCGACUGACUGAGGGCUCUUACUUUGGGGAGACAUGCCUUAUUACCGAGUAUGAAACUUGCCUCGCUGACGUCAUAGCCCUCGAAUUGUGCGAACUAUCUGUGCUGAAACGAUCUGACUUUCUCUCGAUCCUCAGCUCCCACACGAACUUGCUGAAUAAAUUGCAGAGGUUUGGAUUGACAAGAUUAAAAUGAUAGAAUGAGAAACAAGAUAUAUUCUAUCAACUGUUGCGAUUAAUCGCAAUAAAUCAACACAAUUGAAUCGAUCAACAGAAUAAAUUAUUCUAAAUCUUUUAACAGAAUUAUUUUGGAGAUGAAUCUCCACCUCUGCUCUCGCGUUUAAUACUGACU